AUGGCAGGAGGCGUGAUAGUUGGAGGCAAUGCCUCUGGAAAAGAUUACCCUGGAAAGCUUACUUUCAGGGUCUUCAUGACUUGUUUGGUGGCUGCAUUUGGAGGGCUAAUUUUUGGCUACGAUCUCGGCAUCUCGGGUGGAGUUACGUCAAUGGAUCCAUUCUUGAAGAAGUUUUUCCCAGAUGUGUAUGAAAAGGAGCACAACAUAACGGCGUCGGUGAACCAGUACUGCAAAUUCGAUAGCCAAGUGUUAACAUUAUUUACUUCGUCUCUGUACUUGGCUGCUCUGGUGUCAUCAAUCGGGGCAUCCACGGUAACUCGUGUCUUUGGAAGAAGACUCACCAUGAUUUGUGGUGGUGUGCUUUUCUUGGGCGGUGCUGGAUUGAAUGCAUUCGCCCAACAUGUGUGGAUGCUUAUCGUUGGUCGCUUGCUUCUCGGUUGCGGAAUCGGAUGCUCCAAUCAGUCUGUGCCAAUUUACGUGUCUGAGGUUGCUCCCUACAAGUACAGAGGAGCUCUUAACAUGAUGUUCCAGUUGUUGAUCACCAUAGGCUUAUUUGUGGCCAAUGUUCUCAACUAUCUUUUCUCCAACAUGGACAAUGGACAAGGUUGGCGCUACAGUUUGGGUUUUGCUGCGGUUCCUGCCAUAAUGAUUAUUUUGGGUGCAAUCUUUCUCCCCGACACACCCACUUCCUUGAUUGAGCGUGGUAAAGAGGAGGAAGCAAAGAAAGAGUUGAUAAAAAUUCGUGGCACUAGUGACGUUGAGGAGGAGUUUAAGGAUUUGGUUGCAGCGAGUGAAUCAUCCAAAGCUGUGAAACACCCUUGGGCUUCUUUGCUGACCAGGCACUACAGGCCUCAUCUCACCAUGGCCAUUGCCAUUCCAGCCUUUCAGCAACUCACUGGCAUGAAUGUCAUAACAUUCUACGCUCCUGUUUUGUUCAAAACCAUUGGAUUCGGUGCCAAUGCUUCUCUCAUGUCUGCUAUGAUCACUGGAGCUUGUAACGCUGUUGCCACUCUUGUUUCCAUUGCUUCGGUUGACAAGUUUGGUAGACGUACUCUUUUCUUACUUGGCGGUGCUCAAAUGUUCGUUUGUCAGAUGUUGAUUACAGUGGCAAUUGCAUAUAAGUUCGGAAUAAAUGGAAACCCUGGUGUGUUGCCAACAUGGUAUGCCAUAGCAGUGGUGGUAGCUAUAUGCGUAUAUGUGGCAGGAUUUGCAUGGUCUUGGGGUCCUCUAGGAUGGUUGGUACCCAGUGAGAUUUUCCCUCUCGAAGUUCGAUCUGCUGCUCAGAGUAUCAAUGUUUCCACCAACAUGAUCUUCACUUUCGCCAUUGCUCAAAUUUUCACCGCCAUGCUGUGUCACAUGAAGUUCGGAUUGUUCAUUUUCUUCGGUGUUUUUGUCGUGGUCAUGAAUAUCUUCAUCUACAAGCUUCUGCCAGAAACUAAAGGUGUCCCCAUAGAAGAAAUGCACUGUGUGUGGCAACAACACCCUUAUUGGAAAAACUUUGUGAAACCCGCUGAGAAGCAAGCUGACACCGAAUGUUAA